GUUUUCAUCGAAAGAGAGCGCGAGAGGGAUCGGAUUGUUAAGAGGAAAGGGGAAAAAAAAAUAGCAGCCGAUUGAGGGCUGAUCCACCCUGACUACCGACUAUCAUACCGCCGGUCCGCCGCCGCCUCCGCUCGAAGACUCGACCGCCUCGUCUGCUCGCCCGGCCCGUCCCUCCCCGCGCGCAACUGUCUGCGCCGACGACCAUAAGCCGCCUCAUCGCCGGCCGCACAAAGAUCCGUGGUAAGGAAAGCACGACGACGUGGACGUGCAGUAGAAUUGUGAAUCGCCGGGAAAACAUCCGUUGGCGGCGGCAUGAAUAAGCGGCCCCGCGACGACCACUCCUCCUUCGCCUCCGCGCCCAAGCGCCAGUACGGCGCAGGCGGAGGGUAUGGCGCGCAGCAGGGGUACUCGGAGGAGCGGAACAGCGCGCGGCGGGUGGCCGACCACUACAGCGCGAGGUCCAACCAGACGCUCGAGGAACGCGAGAACAGCCCCAUCAUCCACCUCAAGAAGCUUAACAACUGGAUCAAGAGUGUUUUAAUCCAGCUGUAUGCACGCCCGGGCGACUGUGUUCUUGAUCUUGCUUGCGGGAAGGGAGGUGAUUUGAUAAAGUGGGAUAAAGCCAAGGUUGGCUACUAUGUAGGAGUUGAUAUUGCUGAAGGCUCGAUAAAAGAUUGCAUGACUCGCUAUAAUGGUGACACAGAUCAACAAAGAAGGAAAAAGUUCAGUUUCCCUGCACGGCUUAUUUGUACUGAUUGCUAUGAGGCUCGUCUGGAUGAAUAUUUAUAUGAGGAUGCUCCAUUUGAUAUAUGUAGCUGUCAGUUCGCUUUACAUUAUUCAUGGUCAACUGAAGCACGCGCUAGACAAGCCUUGGCAAAUGUGUCUGCAUUACUUCGUCCUGGAGGCAUUUUUAUUGGGACAAUGCCUGAUGCCAAUGUCAUUAUCAAAAGGCUUCGAGAAUCUGAAGGGUUGGAAUUUGGAAACAGUGUUUACUGGAUUAGCUUUGGUGAGGAGUAUGCUGAAAAGAAAUUCCCUGCAUCCAGACCCUUUGGUAUCAAGUACAAGUUUCACUUAGAGGAUGCUGUUGAUUGCCCAGAAUGGGUUGUUCCAUUCCAUCUCUUCAAAUUAUUGGCAGAGGAGUAUGAUCUCGAGCUGGUUCUGAUGAAGAACUUCCAUGAAUUUGUACACGAGUACCUGCAAAAACCAGAGUUUACCGAGCUGAUGCGUAGGCUUGGUGCCCUUGGUGAUGGAAGGCAGGACCAAAGUACACUGUCACAAGAUGAGUGGGAGGUUUCCUAUCUCUAUCUUGCAUUUGUCCUGCGGAAGCGAGGGCAACCGCCUGCCCAACGAAGAGCCAACAACGCAAACAGAGGGAAGAUGUUCCUCACCGAGGGUGACAUCGAGGUUCUCGGGAUAUAAGCAUGAGUGUACCCUAGGAGAAUCAUAAGUGUACCCUAGGAGAUUUCACCCUAGGAGAGCCUGCUAACAGCUUACCGAUUGUAUGCUCAACAGACCACAGUCCACAAAGCACGAAAGAAAGUUGUAACAUUAGUGGCUCUCAUAUUGUUUGUUUCUCCAAUUUGUAUCUUCUGUAUAACAUCCCAUGUGUACUUUCCAGACUUCUUUUUUUCUAUUGACAAUGUCAAUAUUAAGGACCAGUAGACUGGCAUCACGCAUGACGUAUUUAGCUAAUGAA